AUGUCUGAAACAAAUGACUCGAGUGAAAAUAUGCAAAGUGAAAGAGAGAAGGCACUUGCGGGACUUCCAUAUUUGGCUUAUUCCAAAGAAUUAAUUAAUGAUCGAUUAAAAACUAGAGAAAUCCUUUAUGAAUAUAAUAAUUCCAAACCAGUUAGUGUUGGUACUGUUGAAUAUCGUGAAGGUAGAGAAAGAAUGAUUCGGCAAUUAUUUGGUAGUGCUGGUGAAAAUGUUGAAGUUGAGCCGCCAUUCUAUUGUGAUUAUGGAUAUAAUAUUCAUGUUGGGAACGAUUUUUAUUGUAAUUUUAAUUGUACGAUAUUGGAUUGUAAUAAAGUCGAAAUUGGAGAUCGUGUUUUGUUUGGUCCAAAUGUUUCCCUUUACCCCGCAACUCAUCAUAUAGAACCCGAAGAAAGGGCGAAAGGCCCUGAAUUAGCUUUUCCCAUAAAGGUUACUAAAAAUGUCCCAUCUUAUGUGGUCGUCGCCGGUAAUCCUGCUAAAAUUAUUAAACAUAUAGAAAGGAAAACAGAUAAAAUUUAA